UUUCAAAUCGUCGGGCGCGUUCAUUGAGCUAGCUAAAUUAUAAAAGAACGGGCGCUUUCUAAAGUAAGUUUCUCCGUUUUCAUCAUUAAGUACAAUAUACGGUAAGGAAGCUUUGUUUUAUUGCUACAUUAAUCAGCUAUGUCAGAAUAUUACCCAUUCAGUGUUUUAUUCGGUGGAGGUGUAAAUUAGAGUUAAUAGCUACUUCUCUCCCUGCUGACAAUUCUGGAGCUGGGACACACUCUUUUCAUGCCACUUACAUACAGCUACGACCGGAAGUGAUUUUCAUAGAAGGUUAGGAGAGCAUUUUCGCUAACCCUUUUCCAAACCUUAACCUAUUUAUCCUAACUUGCUACGUUAGUUCUUCUAACCUGCUGCUUAAGUUCUCCUAACCUGUUAUGAAAACGUCACUUCUGGUCGUAACUGUAUUGAAGGGGCGUGAAAAAGUAUAUUCUGGAGUUUAUAGCCAGUCACUAGCCAGCUGUUGGCUAGAUAUAUUUAUUGCUGAAAGUUGCCUUUUUUCGUUACAACAGUUUGAUGGCAUCGAAAAUUCCUAGAUGCGGACAGAGUAAGUUUAAGUUAAUAUUUUCCUUUACUUCAGUCUCUACAUUGUCAUUCACACAACUCGCCUCCACCUCAAGCCUCCUGGAUCGCAGUAUUUUCGGUGUUUGUUUUGUGAUUCAACAAAAAUGCAACUAGUAAACAUGUUGGCUCAUAGCCUGGAAACCCGACAUUGAAUUUCAUUGAAUUCUAGGUCUAGCAGAAAUAAAUCUUUGGCUCAGGACAAUUCCUCUCACAACUACAAGCCAUGUUACAUAAAAUUAUAUUUUAACUUUACAGGUUGUCGGUGCAGUUUGUCCUUUUGCAGAUAGGAAUGUGAGACAUAUCCACAUUAAAGUAUAAUUAAAUAACGGUUUCAAGGCUCUGGUAGUGCAUUCUGUUUUCUAUAACCUGAAGCCUGCACAUAAAAUGAAACUUGCCACAGUCGUACACGUGUUUACAUGGUUAAGUUGUUUUUAAUUAUACGUUCCUGUGGAUAUAUUGUCUUCCAUUCCUACUUGCAAAAGGACCAAUUGCAAGGACAACCGGUAAAGUAAGUUAAAAUAUCAUUUUAGUCAACAUUCUGGCUUGUAGAGGUCUUGAGCUGAAUCUUUCCUGAGCCAAAUGCUAAUUUAUGGCCCAUGUUGAAUGCAAUGAAAUUCAUCAUCUGUCUCCAGGCUACUUGGAUCAUCUUCAUUUGGCAUUUUGUUCUUUAUCAAUUUCAGGUGUGCGACCUGCUGGCAGUGCUGCAGAAAUGAAGAGGGCGGCCAAGAAAUACGAUUUCAAAGAGACAGCUGUACCGCCAGACUUCAAUUUCUUUCCAAAAACUGUUAUUCUCAAGCCUCUCAAUGAGAACGUACCAAGGUGACUAACUUUAAAUUUACAAUGGGAAGAUAACGAAGGCUAUGUAUAGGCAAGAUGUAAAGACUAACUACCUUUUUCUUUUCUUUUCAGAAAGUAUGUUGUAGCUAAAGUGCAUAAAGGGUAAGAUGUCCCUUUUUAUAAGUUGGGAGAAAUACAUUAGAAAAUUACAUUCUCAUAGCAUUCUGUUUUGAUAGCCCUUCCACCAGAUAUGGACAGCAGCAGUCAGAACUCAAGGGCCAGAAUCAACUUUUAGUGGAAGCCAAUGAGGAACUGCAGAAAAACCUUACAGAAAGACAGGUAAGUUUGUUAAAGGGAUCAUUAGCUACUUUCCAAAUGUAGGCUAUAUGUGAACAUAAUGCACUAGGGUUUUUCUGUGGGCUGUUGAAUGGAACGUCUUAGGAAGGAGAAGAGUCAAUGUUCUCUCUGUUUGGUUCAGGGCUAUCUUGUGCACUCUUUCCCUGUAGUCUGUGUUAGUUUGUAAACAACACAAUUCUUUUUAAUUUUGCAGCAAAAAGUUGCCCAGCUGGAGCAACGAUACAGUGACCUCCAAGGAAUCAAUGCAGACAUCCAGAAACAACUGAAGGACUGCCAUGCGCUACUAGUCGCUGGAAAUAUUGAUCCAGGUAAUCAUUCGAUGACAGGAAUUGGUUCACAGCUACAAGUUACACAGGUUCAGAGUGUUUAUUUGGAUCGUUUGGUGAGCUUUCUAAAGAUUGCUUUAAUCUUUUUUUCUUCUGACUUUAUUUCUCAGUUUUGGGAGAGAAAAUUGGAGAAACUGCACAGCAAAAUGAGGAUAAACAAAGAGAGGUGGUGGUAAGGACUUGUUUUGUUAGCCAUAUUGUUGAACUCCAGUCUUAGACUCAAAUGUUACUCAGGUCCUUGUUUGCAGGAAUCUGGCUUUGUAAUUGUAUUUAGUGAUGUCUUUCAAAUUGCUCUCCAACAAUGCAGAACGUAUCCCAAGAUCUGUUGCGUGAACUGCAGACAUUUGGUGACAUGGCAACAGAACAAAGUGCACAACUAACAGUAAGUUCCAUAUGUUUGACAUGAAAGCAGAGUUACCGGUAAUCCUGUAUGCCAGUCUGUUCUAUCUAGAGCUCGUUUGCAAUGCUACUUGUUUGUUAAUUUCCAGGAAGUUCAAAAGAUCAUGAAGGCUCUCACCGAUUCUCGGGAGCAUCUGGUGCAGGAGAGGGAGAAUUUCUCCUUGGAAGUUGAAGAAAUGGAGAAGGCUCUUGAGGAAGCAGAGCAGCUAUUAUUGGAGUAGAUACUGUGUGUGUGUGUGUGCUUGCUUUUAAUGUAAGUAUAAAUAAACAUUGAGUCUUUCGACUAACUUAAUUUUGGUAAUUAAACUCGCAAACUGAAAGUUGUUUUCACUGUCAUAUUUUAUUUAUCUGGAAGACUGCACAUUUUAAGUUAUUUAGCUUGAAGAAACAAUUCAUUCAAUCUGACACAUAUAUUGAUUUCAUUAAUGUAUAUUAAACUUU